CAUGGGCCAAGACUCAACAAACAGAUGACAGAGAAAGAACAUAAAUGGCAAACCCUCCCACCACCCUCGUCCUUUCAAGGCUUGCCCAUUUGGCUGUGAGACGGUCGUCAGCAGAGAAAAAGAAGAAGAAAAACAACGGGAGAGAGUAGGAGAAAGAGAUAAAAGACCGGAGGUAAAGGAGGAGAAUAGAAGAAAAAACAUGCAACAAUUCCAACCAGAAGAGAGAAAGAGAGGAGGGUGUAAAGGAGGGAGUGAGUGUCUGAUGAAAGGAGAGAUAAGUGGGAAAGUGAGGGAACAUAAAGUGUGGAGAAAGUAGGGAAAGAGUGAAGUAUUGUAAGAGGAGGGGACAAAUCGGGGGAAUUGUCCCCACUUAGAAGGGGGAGAUUGUAAAUCGCCCUCCUCCACAGCCGUGAACAUUGCAGUCACACACACACACACAGUCACACACAAUUACAUGACAUUGCUCACAUGCAACAGGAGUCUUCUAACUCUAGAAUCCACACAUACUUUCCCCCGUCUGUGGGCAGUGCUUACACAUCCUCAUACACACAGUCUGAUAGAGUUGGACACAAACACAGAGGAAACAGGCAGGGCAAUGGGCUGGCAGCAUGGAGACUCCCAUUGACUUCUACAGGCACUUCUCCUGGCUCAAAAAGAUAGAACCUCAUGAAUGUAGGCGGCUGAUCGUCAUAACACCAGCGCGUGAAACGGCAGUGACUUCAUCUUCAACGUGACAUGCUGAAAAAAUUGCUUUGCUAUUUACAAAUGGUGAACCUGUGUUCUCCAGCCAACAAUGAAACCUACCAAGAACGACUGCUCCGCCUAGAAGAGGACAAGGAGUCUCUGGUGCUACAGGUAAGCGUUCUGACCGACCAGGUGGAGGCCCAGGGAGAGAAGAUCAGAGACCUAGAAAGUUCUCUGGAGGAACACCGGCAAAAACUGGCCUCCACAGAGGUGAUGCUGCAACAGGAGCUGAUGAGCAAGACCUUUCUGGAGACUCAGAAGCUGGAUCUGAUGGGCGAGGUGUCCUACCUCAAACUAAAGCUGGUCAGCAUGGAGGAGACAUACACCAACACACACCCACAAGAUCCAGAUCCAGCCAACACAGAGCAGAACAAAGCAGAGUGUGUGGUAAAUCUCAUCAGUGAUCUUCAGGAGCAGAUGUGCAGGUUUCAGGAGGAGAUCAGCACUCGUAUCCAGGAGAAACGGGCCCUGGAGGAGAAGGAAGCCCAGCAGGGGGAGCCCAGUGGCAGCCAAACCCAGGGACAGCCAGGCUUAGCCAUCUCAGAGCUGAGCCUGUCUGGCUCUGACACCCGAAUGUUCAAUGGAGGACAGACUGUACAUGAUUUGCUACAAGAAGUGAAGCAACUGAAGAGCAAAGUGGAGGAUCUGGAGGGAGAGAAGGGCCAGUAUGAGAGGAAACUCAGAGCCACCAAGCUCUCUAUCUCUUACUCUCUCCAUGUGUGUUAUCAGUCGCUCAUGACCCAGCUGUCUAGCCUCAAGCUGACUGUGGAGCACACCCAGUUGGAGAAGCAGCACUGGGAGGAGCGAUGGCGCAGCACACAGGCAGAAAUAUCAGAGCUGCAGCAGCUCCUGGCCUCCAAAGACACUGAGAUCGAAUGCCUGCAGACCCAGCUGCUGGCCACAGGUGGCACAGCCAAUGACAACACAGAAAAAGAGGAGGUGUAUAUCAAGCAGCUGAUUAACAAAUACCAGGAAUACGAGAGGCUGAAGAUGGGGAUGGAGUCUUUGUUAGCUUCAAAUGAUGAAAAGGAUCGGCGUAUAGAGGAGCUGACGACUCUGCUCGGCCAGUACAAAAAGAUAAGGGAAGUCAUGGCACUCACACAGGGGAGUAGUGAAGAGGAAUUAAGUGGCAGUUUAAGACUCAGAGCCAUCUCGCACAGAGCACACUCUGAUAUUGUCAGGUCAGAGAUGUCAUCAAGAGGGUCUUCUCCACUUAUGCUAUCUUCUUCUCCUUACCAGAGAGAAUUUGACACUAGUAUCCAUAACUCUAUGGAUACAUCACUCGUUUCUGCUGGGGAUACAAGCUUCUUUAAUGGAUCGUGGCAUCAGCACAGAUUACUGUCCAGCAGUCUUGAAGAGUUGCAGAGUGGAUCUUUACAAAAGGCUGUAGAGAUCCAGCCAGUUGAAAGUGAAUCAGACAUAAGGGCAGAGAAUCCUCACUUGGAGCUGAGCAAGUACCAGACUCUGCCGGGGAAACUAAAAAGUAAAAAGAUGGAGCAGAGGGCCAAUCUGAACGGCGACAGAGAGAGAGAUGAAGAGUAUUUAUCUCCUGUCCACAGCCAUGACCAGGAGGACUACAGUCUCAUUCGCUGCAGGAGUGCCAGUGCUCCGGCUUUAGGAUCACCUGGAAAACAUGACCUCUAUGAUGUUGAGCAUCCAGAGAAGCUUGAAGAGUGUGUUCUGUCAGACCAGUCGCCCCUGUCCUCUGGAGUGGACUCUGGACAGCAGUCCCCUGUUUCACCAGAGAACAGAAUGAGUCAGAGAGGCAUUAAGAAACUCUGGGGGAAAAUACGUCGCAGUCAAUCAGGCAGUCCUGGCCAGGUUCACGACCCCGAGCUGGGAGAAUUCAAGAGGGGAGGCUUCAGAGCUACAGCUGGACCAAGAUUGGCCCGUUCAGGGAACACACGAGACCUGAAGAUGCCUUUCUGUAAGUGGAAUACAGAGCAGGUGUGUGACUGGCUUGAGGAAAUUGGACUCGGUCAGUACGGCAUUCUCGCUUGCCAUUGGAUCACCAGCGGUGAUACUCUUCUGUUGGCCACCCUGCCAGACAUAGAGAAGGAGCUGGCAAUAAAGAAUCCACUCCACAGGAAGAAGCUCCAGUUAGCCAUUAAGACGAUCAGCAACAAGCAGCCUGAGAAGUCUGCAGAGCUUGAUUACAUCUGGGUCACUCGUUGGCUUGAUGACAUUGGACUUCCUCAAUACAAAGACCAUUUUAAUGAAGGAAGAGUUGAUGGGCAGAUGCUGCAGUUCCUCACUGUGAAUGACUUGUUAUACCUUAAAGUCACCAGCCAGCUGCAUCACCUCAGCAUCAAGUGUGCCAUUCACGUUCUCCAUGUCAACAAGUUCAACUCCAACUGCCUCAAACGCAGGCCCAGCAAUGAGAACCAGUUUGCUCCCAGUGAGGUGGUCCAGUGGUCCAACCACCGAGUCAUGGAGUGGCUGAGAUCUGUGGAUCUGGCAGAGUACGCACCAAACCUGAGGGGCAGCGGUGUGCAUGGAGGGCUGGUAAUGCUGGAACCUCGGUUUAACUCGGACACGCUGGCCAUGCUGCUAAACAUCCCUCCUCAGAAAACUCUGCUGAGACGCCACCUAACCACCAACUUCAACAACCUGGUGGGAGCACAAGCUCAUCAGGAGAAGAGGGAGUACACUGAGGCCGUGGGGUACACCCCACUAAGCAUCACAGCUAAAGUCAAGCCGAAGAAGUUGGGCUUCUCUAACUUGACGCACCUCAGGAGGAGGCGGCCGGAUGAAUCCACAGACUACAUCUGUCCAAUGGAGUCGUCCUCGCCUCAGUCAGGACAGUCCGCAGUGAACGGGGUGCAGUUGAAGCCCUACGCUGGCUUCAGAGGCCUGAGCCCAAUCCUGGACAGAGAGUCCGACCGGUCCAGGGACCAGAUGGCGAUCACAGAGGGUACCAUGUUGCAAUUAGAAGCUCUGUCUGAAAGCAUCAACAACCUCACACAGGGCAGGGGACUGAAGCGCAGUGCAGGUAGUGUAUUUGGAACUACAGCAACUUCCAGACCCAUACUGUGUAUCAGGGAGACCACCCUCUGAUCUCCCGUCCUCCAUCAUCAGUCCACCAUGGGCCAGACCAUCAGCAAACCCACAAACCCUUUCCAGAACUCCAACUUCUCUUUUAAGCGCAGCUCCCCAAGCU